AUGGGCAACACCGGGCCGCCUAGGAUGACGUCGUGGUGCAGGCACUGCGGCGCGGGCAUCGCGGCGCCGCCGGCGGGGCCGAGCUCCGGCGUCCGGUGUGCGCUCUGCCGCCGCGUGACGCGCGUCGAGCGGCACCGCAGCGUGGGCAGCGCAUCGAGCGCGCUCGCGCCCCUGUCGCCGCCGCGGACGGCGCGCUCCGCCAGGCUCGAGCUGCCGGCCGGCUACCCGGCGUCCCGCGGCAAGAAGCGCGCCGUCCUCGUCGGCGUCAGCUACACGGGCACCUCCUACGAGCUCAAGGGCACGGUCAAGGACGUCGAGCUGAUGAGGAACCUCCUCUGCGACAAGUUUGGUUUCCCCGGCGACUCCAUCCUCGUCCUCACCGAGGAGAGUGACGACCCGAGCAGAGUGCCGACGAGGGAGAACCUGCUGCUGGCGAUGCGGUGGCUGGUGGCGGGGUGCGACGCCGGCGACUCGCUGGUGUUCCACUUCUCCGGGCACGGCGUGCAGAAGCUGGACACGGCCGGCGACGAGGUGGACGGGUACAACGAGGCCCUGUGCCCGCUGGACUUCGAGGACAAGGGCAAGAUCCUGGACGACGAGAUCAACGAGACCAUCGUCCGGCCGCUGGGCCCCGGCGUGAAGCUCCACGCCAUCAUCGACACCUGCCACAGCGGCACCAUCCUCGACCUCCGCUACCUCUGCCGCCUCUCCAGGACCGGGUACUGGCAGUGGGAGAACCACGUCCGUCCGGGCAAGCCGAAAGGCACCAACGGAGGCCUCGCCAUCUCCAUCAGCGGCUGCAACGACGACCAGAAGUCGACGGAAUCGAGCGUCCAGGGGUUCUCCGAUACCGCUGCUAUUGGCGCCAUGACGGACAGCUUCAUCAGGGCCGUGGAGUCCGAGCCGGGGACGACGUACGGGCGGCUGCUGAGCGCGAUGAGGGCGACGAUCCGCGACAGCCAGGGGACCGGCCGCCGCCUCCCCGGGAGGAUCGGCUCCUUCGUCCGCAAGAUGAUCACUUCCAGCGCCGUGCAGGAGCCCCAGCUCUGCUCUUCUGAGAUGUUCGACAUCUACCGGAAGCCCUUUCUCCUGUGA